AUGGCUCGUCUUGAAGGAAAAGUCAUCUGCAUCACUGGGGCGGCGUCUGGGAUCGGCUUCGCACUCGCAAGAGUGGCCGCUCAAAAUGGUGCCAGACUGUCCAUCUGUGACAUUCAGAGAGAAAUGUUAGCAAAGGCAGUCGCAGAUCUCAAGUCUACUGGGGCAGAUGUCCUGGGGACCGUCGUCGAUGUCGCUUCUGAUACGCAGGUCGAUAGCUGGAUCGCCACCACGGUCGAACAUUUCGGCAAGUUGGACGGUGCUGCCAAUUUCGCAGGCAUUGAACGGACACACGGCGCCUUCACCCAAAUCAAGGACCUGAGCAAUCAGGAAUGGGACCUGGUCCUCUCUGUCAACUUGACGGGGGUCAUGUACUGCAUCCGUGCCCAGACAAAGGUCAUGAAACGCGGAGGUUCAAUUGUCAACGCGAGCAGUAUUGGGGGGUUGCGAGGUAGAGAAGGUCUGGCACCGUACUGCGUGGCCAAACACGCUGUGAUAGGUCUGACGCGAACGGCCGCAAAGGAGAACGGUGCGAAUGGUAUUCGAGUGAAUGCUGUUGCUCCAGGACCUAUCGAGACACCCAUGUUUCAGCGGUUACGAGACACUCCUAAAGAUGAUCAAGAGACGAAAGUCAUGACACCCAACUCGAUGCCUCUUCAGAGGAACGGCCAACCGGAGGAAGUUGCAGCGUUGGCAGCUUUCCUGCUUAGCGAUGAUGCAAGCUUUAUCACCGGCGCCGUGUAUCCCAGCGAGACCGGUGCUUCGGUACUGGAAGGACUGGCAGCAGACGAUGCCUUUCAUGUCAGCAUCGCAGUUCGCCCUUCUUCGACGGAUAAGCCCGCAGUUCGUGCUCUUGUGGCUCGUGGCUUCCCAGUCAUUGAAGUCGAUCUGGACACGAAGCUUGAUCCCUCUCCUCUUGAGCCAUUCAACACUGUCAUCAGCUGCAUUGGCCCAGCGGCUCAGCAGAGUCAGUUGAAUCUGGCUACCGCGGCCAAAGCUGCCGGAGUGAAACGCUUCGUCCCUUGCGCCUUUAUCACCAUCUGUCCUCCGGGCGGGGUCAUGCAACUACGAGACGCGAAGGAAGAAGUCUACAACCACAUGUUCCGCCUUCAUCUGCCAUACACCAUUAUUGACACGGGGUUUUGGCACCAGAUCUCGUUCCCACCACUACCCUCGGGUAGACUGGACGAUAUUCACUUCAUGGGAGAGAAUAAUCUUUACGGGGAUGGCAGUGCACCGAACCUCCUUACCGAUCUCCGUGAUAUUGGACGCUUUGUGGCCCGCAUCAUCAAAGAUCCGCGGACGCUGAACAAAAAGAUCUUCACGUGGUCGGACGAACUGAGCCAGAACGAGAUCUAUGCUGUGGCGGAGAACCUCUCUGGUGAGAGAAUCGACAAGAAACCAGUCUCCUUGGAGGAGAUGGAGUCCAUUGUCGCCAAAGCCAAGCAGGAUCUCGCCGCUGAUCCCACGAACAUCAUGGCCAAGAUGGCACUUUGGACCCAGGAGUACAACCUCUCGAAAUAUUUCCGCAGAGACAAUACGAGAGAGAAUGCUCUUUACCUCGGAUACUUGGACGCCAGAGAUCUGUAUCCUGACUUUCGGCCGAUUUCUUUUGUCGAUUAUUUCAAGGAAAUCCUACGAGGGAACGGCAAAAAGCCUUAUGCAGAGCUUCUGAGUAGCCACGAAUUGGUCCAUCUGUCCGUGGCCGAUCUCAGGCCACGUCUGAUGGUUUAUAUAGAAUACCAGCGGGGCAAGAAGGUCUCUCUUGAACCCUGCUACGCAGAUUAG